AUGGGUCGAAACAAAUCCCUGAAACGGAAGCGACAAGCUCAUGAGUCCAGCAGAACCGACAGCAUUGUUACGCCGCCGCCCGACAAUGCUACCAGCGAUCCAAGAAGUCUCCAAACCGUCAUCGCCGACGAGGACCUCGAAAUCACAACAGAGACUAUCGCGACACUCUCAAAGUACCCCAGCCUCAUCAAAUCGAAAGCCUGCAAAGACCUCAGAGUAGCCAUCUACGACUUCCGACAAGCUUGUACUGUCGGCGUCAAUUCUUCCGAAGACUCAAAUCUCACUUCACGCAUCACGGCCGCUUUGUCCGAUGGCAAAUACACAGACGCUCUCGUUCUUCUUGCGGAGAUGCGCAUCCGAGCACAGUAUCCCAAACUCGGUGCCAUAUGCCGAUGGGUUCGAGAUCUCGAUGUUGUGAGCGGACUGUCAAUGAAGGUGGACGGAAUCAGCCACGCGCACGAGUGGACAGCCAGAGAUCGAGAGCGGCUGAGAGUACUCACUAUGAUUCUACGGGUCUCUGGUCCUAUUGAUACCAGUACAGAUGGCGUGGGCUUUACGACGGACCCAAUACGCCUACUGAACGUGUGGGAUCUUCGAAAUAAAAUGCCAAACCAACCUUGGGUGUGCUCCGCGAAGAUAACCGAACAGUUCCGUGUUAUUGAAACCACUCCCGGCUCACAACGAAAGCCACCAAAUCUCCAUCCCGCCAUUCUACACGCCUCCCAAGACGACGCUAUCCUCCUCGCAGACGAUGCACCGUCCACCACACUGCACAAUCACCCGGUCGUGCCCAAUCUCUCCCUGAUCAAGAACGUUCUCCACCCCGCAGAAUGUUCCCGCAUCGUCUCCGCAGGCCAGAGUGUGGGCUUCACGCCCGACGCUCCGAUAAUGGCAUCGCGCGAAGAUACUAGCGUUCUCGCGCACAACUUCUACUGGAUCAUCGACACAUCCUUCCACGACCGCCUAUGGCAGCGCGUCAAAUCCUUCAUUCCCUCGGAAGUUGACGGCAAGCAGGUCCGAGGCCUCAACCGCCGCUUCCGCGUCUAUCGCUACGUCCCCGGUGCCGAGUACCGGUGCCACAUUGACGGUGCGUGGCCUCCGUCUGGGAUCAACCCUGUUGACGAUAGCUAUGUUUAUGACUCGUCUCCGGCGAAUGCGAAGCAGUCAAGUCUGUAUACUUUUCUGCUGUAUCUGAAUGAUGACUUCGACGCCGGGGAGACGACGUUCUUCACGCCGAGCAUCAGUGAUGAGGUUAUGAAUGCGUACCCCGUAAAGCCUGUGGCUGGUGCGGUGGCGUUGUUUCCGCAUGGAGAGGGCAAGGGGGCGUUGUUACAUGAGGGCUCGGGUGUGACGAGAGGGGUGAAGUACAUCAUUCGAACGGAUGUGCUGUAUGAUGUUGACAAGACUUUGUGA